AAGUGAAAAAGGAAGGAGCUCACUCACAUGCACCUCUCAUCCUAUAUAUACACCCACACACGCUUCAUGCGACAGUAGCGCACUACUGCCAGAAGCUUACCAGGCAGCCAGGCACCGGCCGGACAAGGCAAAGGUUGCGACGACAAGAGAAUCGAAGCCCGGCCGGGGCCGUGGAGGAUGGGGAGGCCGCCGUGCUGCGACAAGGUCGGGGUCAAGAAGGGGCCGUGGACGCCGGAGGAGGACAUCAUCCUCGUCUCCUACAUCCAGGAGCACGGCCCCGGCAACUGGAGGUCCGUGCCCAUCAACACCGGCCUCAUGCGGUGCAGCAAGAGCUGCCGCCUCCGCUGGACCAACUACCUCCGCCCCGGGAUCAGGCGCGGCAACUUCACCCCCAACGAGGAAGGCAUCAUCGUCCACCUCCAGUCCUUGCUAGGCAACAGAUGGGCAGCCAUAGCGUCUUACCUCCCACAGAGAACAGACAACGACAUCAAGAACUACUGGAACACCCACCUCAAGAAGAAGCUCAAGAAACACCAAGCCAUCGGCGCCAUCUUCGCACCACCUCCUUCCUCGUCUGAUCUAUCAACCACUCUACCUACAGCGCCCGCAACGGCCGGUGGCCAUGUCGACAACCUCCACCACAUGAUCACUACUCCCCUCUCCAACUCCAAGGACAACUACACGCGCGCAGCCUGCAACAACCCAGCUGAGAUCGCCCAGCUCAUCGCUCGACGCUCGCCGUUCGCCACCCCGGGCUCCGUGGACACAGACAGCUCCUCGUCGUCGUACGCCUCCAGUAUGGACAACAUAUCCAAGCUGCUCAACGGGUUCAUGAAGAGCUCCCCACCGCAGAAUGGCGCCGCCGACAUCAAACCCUCGGGCAUUGAGGUCGACCCUUUGCUGUCGUUCGACCACAUGUCCGGUGCUUCGCUACCAGCCUUCGCCGACGUGCCGCAGCAGCAGCUGCCGGUGAUGGGGGUACAAGCCGGUUACGACGAGUCUAAGCAGCAGCAGGCACCGUUGUCUCCGAUCGAGAAGUGGUUUUUUGACGAGGCAGCCGACGAGCAGGUCGUCGACCUGAUGGAUCUGUCCGACGGCUGCUGCUCGGUUCCAAUGCUGUUUUAGCUAAAAGAAAGAAAAUAUAUAUUAGAUAGGUAAAUUUGUUGCUGCAAAUUACCUUUUUAGGGGAAAUCUAUAUAUGUUGCAUGCAUGAGACAAGAACAAGAACAAUACAUCACAAUUACAUACUAGUCGAACUAGUUACAGGAACAUUAUUCGUAGUACAUUUCACACUGGCAUCAAAAGUCAGAAGAAUAAGAUAAGCGACAGGAAUCAGCGAGUGUGACUGUGUGAUCACAUGACAUGUAGUGCAAGCAUGAUGUGAUUAAUCG